AUGGUAAAUAAAUAUACCUGCUUGUCUUCCCCGAAGCCCUCUGGAAGGCGUUCUCGGAAGCCGGGGCUGGACCGCAAGCCCCGCCAAGCGUACAGUGCCAAGCAGCUGGAGCGACUCGAAGCCGAGUUCAAGCUGGACAAGUACCUGAGCGUCAGCAAGCGGAUGGAGCUGAGCAAGGCUCUGGCGCUGACGGAGGUGCAGAUCAAGACGUGGUUCCAGAACCGGCGCACCAAGUGGAAGAAGCAGCUCACCUCACGCCUCAAGAUGGCUCACAGGCAGGACCAGGACUCGUACUUUAUGAUGAAUGACUACCAUACCCAUAUCUCACUGUCACCUUCUUUGUAUCGUUUCUCAUGCACGUCUUCCUUCAAGCUGACAACAUUACUUCAUUCGCACUCAGAGAGAAUGACACUCCCACAAGGAAUUGGGACCAGCUGCUGA